AUGAGGCAUUUGCGCCUGCAGCUUCACCUGACACUCACUGUUGGCAUUUUUCUGUGGAGUUCAGCAGAGGCACAGAGAGUCGACAAACUGAUGCCUAAAUAUGGAAGCCUCAAUGGCGGGACAAGACUCACCAUAUGGGGUCAAGGUUUUGCGCAAGCCAGUCAGUUCAAUCUCAAUGCCAAUGACCCAAACCUUGGCAACAAAGUCACACUGGUGUCCCCAACCAGAUCUAUUCCCUGUGAUGUUGACAGAGAUUCCUCUAACUCCAAGCAGAUCAUGUGUUACACAAGAGCUCUGCCGGAAGAUGAUUAUGGGGUGCGGGUCAGUGUGGAUGGGGUGCCAAUACCUUUCGGUAGCAUUUGUAAUGGAAACACAUGGGAUUACUGGUGCAUAUUCUAUAGCCGAUCAUUCCGUACACCCACCAUCCAAAGUAUUGGUCCACUCUCGGGUCCCCCAGGGACUGUGGUGACAAUGCGAGGAAGAAUUUUUACCAAUGUGUAUGGAAGUAUGAGCACAAGUUCCAAUGGCCUGGAUGUAAAACUUUCAAGAGCUUACAUGGGAGGCAUGCCCUGUGAAUUUUUAAAACCCAACUCAGAGGAAAAGUAUGGCCUCAAUUUGGAUAAUGGCGAAUGGGGAUACAUGAGCUGUAAGAUGACUGGAACAUAUAUUGGACAUCACAACUUCAGUUAUAUUGUCAGUGGUGAAUAUGGGAGGAGCUUGCCAGAUUUUGGAGUUUUCAGCAUCUCAGCAUUAAACAAGCUUGCCAUGUUCCAGACUUACGCAGAGGUGACAAGGGUUUCUCCAUCUGAGGGCAGCAUGUUGGGCGGCACAUUACUGACCAUUCAGGGACAAUACUUUGAUGAGACUGAUCAGACAGCUAUGGUGUUAGUAGGAGGUCGCGAGUGUCAGAUUCGCAGCAUAUCAAAUAAGAAGAUUGUCUGUGUAACUCCUGGUUAUGAAAGAAGAAAUACGACAGUGUUUCCGGGUGGCAGAGGCAUUAAAAUGGAGAAAUGGGAUAUCUCUUACCUAAACAAUCUAGAGGAUGUCCUGAAGUACAGUUCCAAUAUGUCUGGAUAUUCUGUCCAGUGGGGGGAUUCUCUGUCCUAUGCGUGGCCCAAUGGAUUUCGUUCUUUUGUAGCACGACUGAGUGGUUUCUUUGUUCCAUUGGAGACUGACAAUUACUAUUUCCGAAUCACAUCAGUAGGUCGAUGCCAGCUAUAUUUCAGCAAAACUGGUCUUCCCCAGGACAAGGUCAUGAUUGCAUCUCAGCCUUAUUACUACUAUACAAGUUUCUAUGGCUAUAGUAGUCAAAAGUCUGAGGUCAUGCGCUUGGAAAAGUUAAAACCGUACUACAUUGAGGUUCUUGUGCAGGGAUAUGCAGGAUCAGCAUCAGUAGAUGUGGGCUUUUUCAAAGAGAUCAGCCCAUUUACAGCCCAGCAGGCAGUCGAAGCUGUCAAUGAGAAACAGCAGAUUAACACAUACUACACUAUACUACCAGAAAAACAGGUGGUUAAUUUUAAAGGAUGGAAGCCAGAAAGUGCCAUCAGAGAAGUUCAGAUUUUGAGAUUCAGCAGUGCAUGUUUUUCUCUGAACACCUGUGAAAUCACAUACUACCAACUUGCAUAUGGAAAUCUUACAACAGGGCCGAUUCCAGUUAGUGCUUCUGCGAUGGAUUUGCAGAAUGCUCUGAAUGACUUGUGGACUAUUAAACCAGACAGCGUUACAGUAACAAAGCAGGAACUGGACACUGAGUCGGUGUACAAUGUGACAUUCAACUCUAAAAGAGGUGACUUUGAAGAUAUUGACUACCUGAUCAUGGACUCAGAUACAAACAUCACAGUAACUGAAGCUGUAAAAGGGAAGGCCAGCAUGGAGACUUUCACACUGCUGUGGGCAGGAGUUCCAUCCCUCCCUCUGCCAUUCAAUGCUUCUGAAACUGAGGUGCAUUCAGCACUAGAUAUGAUGAUCACCGCUAAAUGUCCGGCAGAGAUUCCAACUGCUGAGAACAGCAACGUGAAAUUUUUCAGAGAUUAUGAGACGGCCAGCACAUGGUUUUCAGGUGAACUAAGCCGCAGAGGAGUCCAGGUUAGUGAUUCAGAGGCUUUCUGUGGACGCUGGUCUCUAAAAAACCCUGAGAUUCUCUUCAGGUACUAUGACACUUCAUCAUCUGGAGCGAUCUAUAGUCCAAUUCUGCUACAAACAUAUGGCACUCUCUGUUUGGCCUACAAAGGACAUCUGAGAAAUGAAUUGGGAGUAUUCUUCAGUUAUGAAACAGCAAAUACAUACCAGGAGGAAAACAUACGUGUUUCUGUUUCGUUUGACUCAACCGAAAAGUGGAACUACCAGUGUGUGGAUCUCUUGGAGUCCAUACAGGCUAAGUUUGAAGGCUCCAAGUACAAACUUCUACAGCUCAGUGUGUAUGGAGUGGCUGAUUAUUUCAUUGAUGCUGUUCACAUUGGACGUUCAGCUACAGAUCCUUAUGUUAUACUCCAUAGAAGAAGACCACCUGCUCUUGCCAGUUCAGGGCUUUUCCUUUCAAACAUCGCCGUGACAAAACAAACAAAUUCUUCCCAAAUCAGCUAUGAGAUCACAGCGACUCCUUACAACUGUGGUUUUGGUGUUCCACUCUUAGAAAUAGGCUUCCUGCAGAAGAUGACAAACAGCACAGGUGACCUUCUGAUUCAAAGCCAAGGGAACGCCACAGUGACUGUUAUGCGUCCACAGAAAGCCAGUCCUCCUCUUACAGGGACCUUUGACGUUGAGUUCUUUGGUCGACAUGUUGAAGGUCUGGCAAUAGACAUCAGUGCUGCAGAUCUGCAGUAUGCUCUACAGGGGAUCCCAGAGCUCGGCCAGCUGCAGGUGCAGAGAACUGGAAACUGUAGAGGAUACACCUGGAACAUCCAGUGGCUCACAAUUCCUGGAAACCAGCCUCUGAUAAAGAUCAAUGCUUCCAAUGUGAUUGGUGUGAACCCAUUGGUGACAUCACAGGAGGUUGAGCAAGGAGGCCUCUUCAAACAAAGAAUUAUGGGAGACUUUCUGCGUGUGCCUUCAAAUAAACCACAGGUGGAAGUUUUCAUCAACGGUAUCCCAUCAUGGUGUUCAGGUGACUGUGGUUUCACCUGGAGUGAGUCAAAGACCCCAACAGUGACUGGGGUUUCUCCUACAGAAGGAUCCAGCAGUCUGGGAACAGUACUUACAAUAACUGGAUCUGGUUUUGAUGGUGGAAAUGUCACUGUAAAAACUGGAGAUGUGGGAUGCUCUGUUCUACAGGUCACCAAUACAACUAUAACCUGCCAGGUGGGUCCUGCUAUAGAAGGUGUACAGCCGGUCUCUCUGAGUUUCUCUGUGCUGGGAAAUGCCAGAUUUCAGAAUAACAUCAGCUUUAACUUUACACACUUGUUAGGAGUGACUUCUAUUAACCCCACAACAGGAAGUGUGGCAGGAGGCACAGUUCUGACAGUGUCAGGCUAUGGAUUCAGUAACGAUAUUGCUGUCAUCAUUGGCUCUCAACCAUGUAACAUUCUAGAAGUGGAACUUUUCCAGCUGAGAUGCAUAGUUCCUGCUGGGUCAGAAGGUGAUCAGACUGUAACGCUGACUGCAGGAGAGAUGAUAUCAAUAUUCAAUGGCUCCUUCACCUACAGCAAUACUAUGACAGCCUUAAUCACAUCUGUGAGCCCACAAACAACAACAGUAUUUGGAGAGAGGAUUCUUACUAUCUUGGGCAUGCAUUUUGGGGAGGAACCCAAUGGCAGCUCUGUUCUUAUUGGUGAUGCUGAGUGUGAAUUGCUACAGUGGACCAAUGACAGCAUCAGCUGCAUGUUACCCACACUCCCUCCAGCUGUGUACAGUGUCAACGUCAGAGUCGCAAACCAGGGUUACCCCUUAACCAGUCCUGACAUAAAUACCACCAUAGAGUAUGUCCUACACGUGACAGGUUUCUCUCCAUCUGUGGGGUCGCUGUAUGGAGGAACCACCAUUACUAUCAUUGGCUCUGGGUUUAGCCCUGACAUGCAGGACAAUAUUGUCACGUUGGGUGACACACAAUGCCGGGUGACAGCCGCUUUAGAUCAUAAACUGGAGUGUGUGGCCCAGCCUAGAGAUAAAACAUACACUGUGACAAACCAAGGUUCCCAUCCUGUGUACGGUCAGGGUUAUUCUUGGAGCCCUUCUGCAUUAAUAACCUCAGUGGGAGACACAGUGGUUUGGCGAUGGGACGCACCAGCUUUUGUACCCGGUCUGGGCUACAGGGUCUUCAGUGUUUCAAAUCCCAGCAGCACAGACUAUGAUGGCAUUGCUUUCAGCAGUGGAGACAGACAAACUGCCAAAGGGUUUUUCGCCUACCGUUUCACGUCUCCUGGAGUUUAUUACUACAGCAGCGGUUACAUUGAUUCGGCCAAUCAGAAGACACUGCAGGGUGUGGUGACCGUUAUGCCUCUGGAGGAAAGCACUGUAGAGCUUCAGGUGUUUGUCACAGGAAUACAGGCCUCAGUGAAUUUAGGACAAAUGAACUCAUCUGAACCCGAGUGUGUGGCUACUUCUGACUGUUUCCAAGAUCAGCUGGAAUUUAAUAACACUUCAGAUAGUCUCUACUUCAGCUUUACGUCCUGUGCGACUCCCACUGUGGAUGACAUUACACCUGAUCAUGGCACCACACAUGGCAUUAUCAGCAUAAGAGGAUCUGGAUUUAGCAAUAUUACCUGUGCAAAUGAGGUCAAAGUUGGAGAUAUUCCCUGCAGCAUCAUCAACAGCAGCUCCACUGAGAUCAACUGCCAGCUCAGUCCUGACAGCGGAGCAUCAGUAGGCGUCCCUUUACCCAUUACUGUGCAAGUCAAUAAUCUUGGCAAUGGCCUCUUGACCAUGCCAAAAGAGAUUGACCGCAGAUUUGUGGUUCUCCCAGUGGUCGAUUCUAUCUUUCCAGUAGUAGGCAGCACCACAGGCUCCACACGUCUGUUCAUAUCUGGUUCUGGCUUCUUCAGCGGCUCAGUUAUGGUAGCAAAUGUUCCAUGCAAUGUGGUUUCCUUUGACUAUUCUCAAAUGGUUUGCGAUACUUCUCCAUCUGUAGCUCGCAGUGGAGGUGUCACAGUUUCCAUCAACUUCAUAUCUUCUACAUGCAGCUCUGAUUGCACAUUUGAAUAUUCAGGCUCUGUCACACCACAGGUCUCCACAGUGUCUCCUAACUCAGUUAGUGGAAACUCCACCAGUGUUACAGUCACUGGCAGUGGAUUUGGGAACAAUUCUGCUGAUCUAAUGAUAUCUGCUGACAACAUCCUGCUAGCAGUCACAGAAGUUAAUGACAGCAGAAUUGAGGUUUUAGUUGGUGCCCUUCCUGCUGGCACACACCCUCUCACAGUGGUGGUCAUGAGCAAAGGUCUCGCCACAGGUAGUGCCACACUUACCAGCAUAGCACAAGCCAGCAUCAACCCAACAUCAGGCAGCGUUGCUGGAGGAACUCCGCUCUUGAUCACAGGAAAUGGAUUUGUGGUGGGAAACACAACUGUGAGGCUUGGUAACUCCCUCUGCAAGAUUCUAGAUGUGACUCCAGACACAGUCAGGUGUUUGACGCCUCCUCGUGCUGAAGGACAGGUGCAGGUCAACAUUAAGGUCUUUGAUGUUGUGUAUCCACCUCAAAAUUUCAACUACUCCAGACAACAAACACCAAACAUCACAUCUGUUACUCCUAAAACAGGUCCUGUUGGAACACAGAUCACCAUCUCUGGUUCUGGCUUUGGCACAGAUUUAGCACUUGUCUCCUUAAAGAUCGACAACGUGGCAUGUAACAUCUCAUCCAUCACAGAUACACAGUUGCUGUGCACUGUUGGGGAACAUGGAGGAGGAACCUUUCCGGUCAUGUUUAUCCAUCAGGUCAAAGGUUAUGCCUUGACCCAGUCAGUCUUUAAGUUUGAGCUGCUGCUGACAGGGAUAACUCCAAAUGAGGGGAGUUAUGCCGGAGGUGCUAUUGUUGCCAUUCAAGGCUCUGGAUUCGACCCAAACAUCACUAAAGUCCUGAUCUGCAACAGAGAGUGUACGAUGCACCUGCAGGACUUCACAUCUACUCAACUCAACUGUGAAGUCCCACCCAACAAUGGAAGUGAAGCAUUGCGGGCAUGCACAGUCAUGGUGAUAAAUGGAGGGGAUUCUGUAAACCUCACGAGUGGCUAUACUUACCGAUCAUCCCUGACUCCUGUUAUUACCAAUGUCACGCCACGUAGAGGAGGCACUGCUGGAGGCACCAGACUUACCAUUACCGGCUCAGGUUUCAGCUCAAAUGUCAGUGAAAUCGCCGUCACAAUCGCAGGCUCUGUCUGUGAUAUCCAGUCAGCCAAUGAGACUCAGAUCAUCUGUGUGACCAACGCUGGGCCCAAAUCUCAAGAAACUCAAGUGCGAGUCCAGCAGGGGAACAGAGGAAUUGCCAGAAUGGAUAAUGCUUCCUUCUUCUACAUUGACGUCUGGUCAUCUCCCUACACAUGGGGUGGUCUCUCUCCACCAGAAGAGGGCAUGUUUGUUGUAAUCACUGCUGGCCAGACCAUCCUCCUGGACACCAGCACUCCAGUCCUUAAGAUGCUGCUUAUCCAGGGUGGGCGACUGAUAUUUGAUGAGGCAGACAUUGAGCUGCAGGCGGAGAAUAUUCUGAUCACAGAUGGAGGAGCUCUGCAAAUCGGAACAGAGCAGAUGCCCUUCCAGCACAAGGCCAUCAUCACCCUGCAUGGACACCUACGCUCUCAAGAACUUCCUGUGUAUGGCACCAAGACACUGGGAGUCCGACAGGGCGUGCUGGAUCUGCAUGGAAUCCCUAUCCCUGUGCCAUGGACGCGUCUCUCCCAGACUGCACAAAACAGCUCCAGCACACUGACACUGAUGCAUGCUGUCACCUGGAAAACUGGCGAUGAAAUUGUAAUUGCCUCCACAGGCAACAGACGCAGCCAGAGAGAGAAUGAGCUGAGGAAAAUUGCUUCAGUUUCAGCUGAUGGUCGGACCCUCACUCUGACUGUUCCACUGACAUACACUCAUCUGGGUGUGUCUGUCACACUGCCUGAUGGGACAGUUUUUGAAGCGAGAGCAGAGGUGGGCCUCCUUACCCGAAACAUUGUUGUCCGUGGAUCCAACAAUGCGGAGUGGAAUGAUCAGAUUCCAGCUUGUCCUGAUGGAUUUGAUCCAGGUGAAUUUGCCACCCAGACAUGUUUCCAGGGUAGAUUUGGAGAAGAAGUAGGAAGUGACCAGUUUGGCGGCUGCAUCAUGUUUCAUGCACCACAACCAAACCAAAAUCUGGCAAUUGGCAGAAUUGAAUAUGUCGAGCUCUUCAAUGUUGGACAAGCGUUCCGUCUUGAACGCUACCCAAUCCACUGGCAUCUGAUGGGUGACGUUCAGUUCAAGUCAUAUGUGCGUGGAUGCAGUAUCCAGCAGUCCUACAACCGUGCCGUCAGUAUCCACAGCACUCACAAUCUGCUGGUGGAGCGGAACGUUAUCUACAAUAUCAUGGGUGGAGCCUUCUUUAUUGAGGAUGGCAUUGAAACUGGCAACAUCCUACAGUACAACCUGGCAGUGUUUGUAAAACAGAGCACCAGUUUACAAAAUGAUGACAUAACUCCAGCUGCAUUCUGGAUCACCAACCCCAAUAACACCAUUAGACACAAUGCCGUGGCAGGAGGGACACACUUUGGGUUCUGGUACCGCAUGCCUGAUGAUUUCAACGACCCUAUUUAUGAUGCCUACAUCUGUCCAAAGAGAGUGCCUCUGGGACAGUUCUUCAACAAUACAGUGCAUUCGCAAGGCUGGCUUGGCUUGUGGAUUUUCCAAGAUUUUUUCCCCAUGAGCACCGGCAGCUGCAGCUACUCAACCCCAGCACCUGCAGUAUUUCGCCGCUUCACUUCUUGGAACAAUGAGAAAGGUGCAGAGUGGAUGAAUGUUGGAUCGGUUCAGUUCAGCGAGUUCCUGAUGGUCAAUAAUGAGAAGGCAGGAGUGGAGACCAAGAGGAUCAUCUGGCACUAUGUUAGCGGAUGGGGACUGGAUGGAGGAGCCGCUGUGGUCAACAGCACAAUGGUGGGUCAUGUGGAUGAACUGGGACUAGGAAGUGACUACUGCACCAAUCGUGGUAUUGUCUUGCCCCUUGAUGAUGGUAUGAGCAUCAUCAACACAACUUUUGUGAACUUCAACCGUUCAUCAUGCACUGCAGUCAGUUUGGCAGAAGUUGCUGAAAGCUGCUCACCUCGCUGUGGAGGCUGGAGCGCGAGGUUCAGUGGGAUCAAGUUUUAUCAUUCACCAAACAAGGCCUUGUUCAGAUGGGAACAUGAAGUGGCGCUAGUAGACACUGAUGGAUCACUGACAGGCAAUGUCAGCUACAAGGUGGUGCCGAAGACUAAUUUGCUCGACCCAAGACACUGCUUUUCAGCAACAGAGUGGAGCGUUGGCGUUCCUGCUGCAGUGUGUGACAACACCAUUAACUUCCACCGCAUGGUCGUCUACUAUCCCUCAUAUACACUUUGGGCUAAAGAUGUGAUUCUUACCAAUUCAUACGGGUCAUCAGUGCUUCCGUUCCUUUAUACAUUUAUAACCCAUUCAUAUGGCUGGAUGGCAAUGCUUCCCACAGGCCAAACAUACAACUGGUUAUUUAAUGGUGCCUCCCAAAUCACUACCAUCUCAUACUAUGGAGUGGUCUACAGCUUUCGGCCAGAGAAUUAUGUUAUCAUAAACCACAACAUGACCCAGACACCUGACAGCGUCCACAUUAUAGACUAUAGGAGUGGUUCCCCUGAGCCCCUCAACUCCACCAUGAAUGUAAAUGGAGACUGGUACAUUAAUCAGUCAUCCAACAGCCUUUAUUACAUGGUUUCUGGAAGAGACAGUGUGUCUAGCCGAAAGAAAAGAAACAGUGUGGACCGCUCACUUAUAGACAGAUAUCUGGCCUUCAGUGUGUAUCAGUGUUACUAUCCCAAAUGCAUCGAACCUACCUAUACACCCCCUCUUCCUCCUCCUGAAGUCAGUUCAGGUCCUGACACCCUGCAAACACCUGCAAAUUUCACCUAUGUUCGCUGGUCCAAUGCAUCCUUCUGGAGGUCAAGUCCUGAGAACAAUUUCAAUGUCCCACAAGAAGGCUCUGAUGUUAUCAUUCCAGCUUACAUUUGGAUGCUUGUGGAUGUUGUAGUCCCCUCCCUGAACAAGCUGAAGAUAGCUGGAGUCUUAGAAAUUCCAGACACAAACAACGACACCUCCAUCAUGCAAUAUACCAAUGUUGUUCUGAAUGCCACAUACAUCUCUAUUCAGGGUGGGCGUCUGAUAGCCGGAUGGCCCAAUGAACCCUUUAGGGGUCAACUACAGAUCAUACUGAGAGGAAGCCAUUCCACACCAGACUGGCUGUUACCAUAUGGACCAAACCAAGGAUCCAAAGUGCUGGGUGUAUUUGGAUCUCUUGACCUGUAUGGCAUGCCACACAAUGUGUAUCACACUAAGCUGGCGAGCACAUCCCAGGCAGGAAACAGCACUCUCUCUCUACAGGAGUCUGUGGACUGGAAGGCUGGAGAUAAGAUCCUGUUGUCCACAACCAGCUAUGACCCUUGGCAAACAGAAAUACGCUCCAUCGUGGCAGUCUCUGAUUAUGGUCGCACACUGACCCUGGACCAGCCUUUAACAUAUACACACAUUGGGGAGAGCUACAGUGUUCCAGGUACUUCAAGAAGUUAUGAGCUUGCAGGAAAUGUGGCUUUACUGACCAGGAACAUCCAGAUCAUUGGUCAGGAGUAUCCAGAUAUGUUCACAGAGUCUUAUGGAGCUCGAGUGCUGGUGGGAGCUUUCUCCGGUUUCAGAGGAAAAGCUCAGAUCAGAAAUGUUCAGUUCUAUCACACUGGACAGGAGGGAUGGAACGACCUGUCAGACCCACGAUACUCACUGGUGUUUCUUAACCUGGGAUGGGUGGCUGGUGAGUCUUAUGUCAGUGGAUGUUCUUUUCAUGACGGCUUUGCUCCUGCUAUUGGCGUUUUUGGAACAGAUGGACUGAGCAUCGAUGACAAUGUGAUCCAUCACACUGUUGGAGAAGGAAUCAGAGUCUGGGGAGACAGUAAUGUGGUUCGGAGGAACUUGGUUACUCUGACACUGUGGCCUGGAUCAUACAACGUCAGACCAGAGGAGUUCAUCAUUGAAUGGAAUGCAGCCAUAGAGGUGAAUGAGGCCACCAAUGUAAUUCUACAGGGAAAUAUUGUUGCUGGCUAUGAACGAGUGGGAUUCAGAAUUGAUGGAGAACCCUGCCCAGGGUUUUCAGAGUCUGAGGCACAAUGGAGUCAGAAUGAGGCGCAUGGUGGUCUUUUCGGACUCUACAUGAAUAAAGAUGGACUUCCUGGUUGCUCCCAGAUCCAGGGCUUCACUGUCUGGAGGAGUUUUGAUUUUGGGAUUUAUGUUCAAGUCUCCAUGAAUGUGUUGAUUUCUAAUGUGACCCUGAUUGAUAAUGGAAUGGGAAUCAUGUCUUUAAUUUAUAAUCCUCCCUCGAUCAGCCACAUGUAUGCUGUCAAAACUGUUCAUGUGCAGGGUGCACUGAUUGUAGGCAGCAGCCCCAACUUCAACUGUCUAGACAGUCUGUCUAUGACUAUGACAUAUGUUUCACUCAGCAGAAGUCACAGGGCUCCACGUCCCCCCAAUGGUGGCAGGUCUGGAGUCUGUUGGCCGACAUUUGAAUCUUACCAUAACAGUGGGCCACAAAAUCUUCUCACUGGACUGACCAGCUACAAUGCCAUCGCUGGUUUAAUGACCAUCUCAGACACAACUUUUGUUGGAUUCCAGAAUGUGUGUUCAACAGAGAGAAAUUACAUGUUCAUGACCAACCCAGGAAAUGAGGAUCUACAACAUCCAAUCAGUGUUGAAAGGAUAACCAUGAUAAAUAGCACAGAGGACUCUCUAGCAUUCAUUCAUCGGCCUGAUCUUGGCAAGGUGAACCCAUCAGACUGUGUGGACAUGGACUGUGAUGCUAAGAAGAAGUCUUUGUUGAAGGACUUGGAUGGCAGUUUUCUGGGAGCUGUAGGAGCAGUGGUUCCCCAGUCUGAGUAUGAGUGGGAUGGGAACCCCCGGCAUGGACUUGGCGAUUACCGAAUCCCAAAAAUCAUGCUCACUUAUCUCAAUGGCAGCCGCAUACCUGUUAAUCAAAUCUCCCCUUACAAAGGUGUGAUCAGAAACAACUGUACCUACAUGAGCACCUGGCAGGGCUACAAGUGCUUUGGGCUGAACUACAAGAUGUUGGUCAUUGAGAGUCUGGACGCUGACACUGAAACCAGGCGUCUUUCACCUGUAGCCAUCCUGGGGGACAAAUAUGUGGAUUUGGUCAAUGGCCCACAAGACCACAGCUGGUGCUCUGGCUACACAUGUCGGAAGCGAGUUUCUCUCUUUCAUGCCAUUGUUGCCACCAGCAAAUCCUUUGACAUCUAUUUCACCAGCACAACACCACAGAAACUAAGACUUAUGUUACUGAAUGCCGGACCUACAGAGUCUGUCAGAGUGGCUGUAUUUUACUCAAACCCUCAGAGGUUGGAUGUAUAUGUUAACAAUAGUUUGGUUGGUCCAACAAAUGCUCAGUGGAAUGUGGACAAAACUGACUACACGCUGCUUGAGCCAACUUAUACAGGUCAAUAUGUACCCAGUUUCAAUGCCAGUCAUGGAUCCAACUUCUUUGACCAAGACUACAAAAUGAUGAACAUACUUCUGCGUGGCUCGGAUCCUGUACAAAUCCACACCUCCCCAGUUCUGUUUGUGGCCUUCAACCUCCCGGCUAUGACUGAGGCAGAGUUCUUUGGGCCAAAUCUGAUCAACAAUCUUGCAGCAUUCCUGAAAAUCCCACCAAACAAGAUCCGAAUCACUAAAAUCAUCCGUGAGGGAACUAAUGCCAGACGUCGGCGGUCGACAGGACUGACAGUGCAGGUGGAGAUCAGGGAGCCACCAGCUCAGACGACCACCAACAGCACCACAGAUAACACCCAACAGUUUGAUGUCCUGAAGAACAUUGCUGAUGAUCUGGGCCGUGCUGCUGUCUCUGGAAACCUGAGUCAAUCCAUCGGCUUUAAUGUGUCCUCAAUGGGUAUCAUUCCUCCUCCACCCUCAUCCAGUGACCCAGCCUGGAAUAAUGUGGCCACUCAGGAAGUGACUCGUGCAGACCAGCAGGUGGAGACGGUCAAGACUGUAUCUUCUCUGAAGGUGGUGGUUCAGCCGGAGGCUGGAUUGGUCCUUGGACCGCUCAAUGUUCAGCCAAGCAUCAUGGCUCUGGAUGCAAUGGGUGAAUGUGUGUCUGUGGGAGUGACGUCUCUGACCCUCUCAGCUGUGCUCAAAGAUGCUAAUGGAAAUCCAGUCGAGGGACUUUACGGAAACACAACCAUUCCGUUCAGUGUCUGCUGGGCAAAUUACACUGACUUAGCCAUCUAUACAAGCGGUCAGAACUUGAAGUUGGCCUUUACUUUGACUCAGUGGAACGCUGAGUCAAGAUCCUUUACCCUGAGGUCACCUACAACACCAUCUAGUGUUGGCAAUGGUUUUGCCAGCAUCUUUGGCUCCAGUCCAGCCAUCUCAACCAUGUCUGUGUAUCUGAUCAUGCUGUUCAGUACUCUGCUCCUCCUGCUCCAAUACAAGGAGUGAUUAAACCUAUGAAAAGAUUGCAUACUGUUCAUUUUUAA